AUGGCACAUAGUCGCCCUAGCAUCGACUCGGAUCGUAUCGACAAGGAGCCUCGUCUCACGCAGACAACGACUAAUGUGUCGCUCAGCCCACAGUUGUUUGAGAGGCUCUGCCUAGAUUCCAUGAGGGCGAAUGCAAAUACGCAUGUCCGCACGACUCAAUACGCCAACUCCGUUCCUCUGGGGUUUCUAGGCUUUGUGAUUUCGACCUUUACCUUCUCCAUGGUGCUUAUGGGCUGGGGCGGUGCAAGAGGUCUUGAGGCCGUCGUUGGCAUUUUCUUCUUCACUGGCCCACUUCUCCUUACGCUCAGCACAAUCUUCAACUGGAUCCAGGGGCAGUUCUUUCCGAUGAUGGUUACAGGCCUCUUUUCAGUCUAUUGGCUCUCCUUUGGCCUGCUUCAGCUUCCAUCGCUUGGCCUGGCGGGUGCGUAUUCCAAGAACGGGAAUGCGGCGGAGGGCGCAUUGAGUCACGAGAUGAACGCCGUCCUUGCAAUUUAUUGCGUUGUUUGGGGAUUUGCAAUGGCAACAUUCGCGCUGUUCACUAUCAGGAUGAAUCUAGCGUUUGUAACACUCUUUGUGUUGGGGGCGGUAGCAACCUGGAUUCUGGGCGGAGCAUACUGGGCUCUGGCUAAUGGGCAGUUUUCCAAGUCUAUGAUGCUGCAGAAGAUGGGCGGUGCCAUAUUGUUCGUGAUAGCGGUACUGGGCUGGUACAUACUUGUUGCAAUCAUGCUGGUGGAGAUGGGGUGGUCCAUCACUCUGCCUCUAGGCGAUCUCAGUCGUUACUGGGAAAAGCGGGAUGUUGAACUUGGAGCUGUCGAAACCGAAAAGAACGACUGA